AUGUCCAACUCGGUAAUUUCAGUUAUUUCUCGGUUCUUGGAGGAAUACAGGACCAAAACAUCGAAUAAAUUGAAAGUGGUCGACGCCUACCUUUUCUACAUUUUGUUAACUGGUGCAUUGCAGUUUCUGUACUGCUUGCUUGUUGGCACCUUCCCAUUCAACAGCUUUCUGGCCGGGUUCAUUUCUUGUGUUGGAGCCUUCAUCCUGGGAGGUAAUUUAAACACUCAACUGUCAACUUAUUUGCAUAAUCUUGUGAUAUUCAGCUAUAUUGUACAUCAGUGAAGCAUGAAUAUAACCAAUGGCAGCCACCAUUAUUGUGAAAUGGUUUCUGAUCAACCCACCCCAUCUUCUGGCCUCCCUCUCUGCUUACAGUCUGCCUGCGUAUCCAGAUCAAUCCAGAUAACAAAGGAGACUUCCUGUCCAUAUCCCAGGAGAGGGCCUUUGCCGAUUUCUUAUUAGCCCACACUGUCCUGCACCUCGUGGUCAUCAAUUUCAUUGGUUGA